CCAUCAUCAAGGUAAGACAGGCAGUCAUUCACUACUUCUCUCUUUGACUCACUCUAUCCCCGUCCUGUGAUUUUGCGCCACGCCUCGACUCAGCGAUGGCUGAUAAAGGUGGCGCAAACUCCCCAUUGAAACUCCCAAUCCUCGAUCUCUCCAAAGCAAACAACCCAAUCCAAAAGCAACGUCUUCUUGAGCAGCUCCACGAUGCGCUAUUUAAUGUCGGCUUCCUGUAUAUCAAGAACCAUGGCGUUGAUCUCGAGACUAUCUCAAACUUGGUCUCUCUUCUCCCUGCCCUGUUCGGACAACCAGCAGAGGCAAAGGCUGCGCUUUCAAAACUAAACUCUCCACAUUUUCUAGGGUAUAGUGGUUAUGCAGAAGAGAUUACUUUGGGUGAAAAGGAUCUCCGCGAGCAGUUUGACCUGGCUACAGAACUCCCAGUUGUCUGGGACCCUACUCCCACUGGUUAUUCGGAGAAGGGGAAUUCAACUUCGGGAAGAGACUUUUCCCACCUGUACUGGCGCCUUCGUGGUCCCAAUCAGUGGCCAUCAGAAGAACAUGUCCCAGGCUUCCGAAGGGCUUUCACAGAAUAUCACGAUGCUCUCCAAGCGCUCUCUUAUCGAUUUGUACACCUUGUAGAGGCUGCGUUCGGAAUUCCCGUAGGCACUUUUGAUGCCUUUUUCCGGCCUACUCCGGUCCAUGACGUCGUACCAACGUUCGUUCCUGCGCAGCACCGCGUCAAACUAGUGAAGUACCCUCCUAUCCCGUCAUCAGGCGAUGGUGUGCGUGGCCAAGGCGUGGGUGCACACAAGGACUCAAGCGGUUGGCUCACUUUUCUAUAUCAAGUUGGCCAAGAGGAAGGCUUAGAAGUCCUCUGUGCGAAUGGAGAAUGGAUUGCUGCGCCACCGGUUGACGGAACGUUGGUCGUCAAUUUCGGAAAUGCGUUUGAAGCCGCGACUCAAGGCGCCGUCAAAGCCACUGUGCAUAGGGUCUUGGCCCCAAAGUCAAAAGCAUCCCCACGCUACUCCAUACCGUUCUUCCAAGGUUUACCCCUCGACCUCACGAUUUCCGAAAUUCAAUCGUACAUCCCAGAGAGCGUGCGAAAGCUCCGUCGAGACUCAGCGAACCCGAACCUUCAAGAAAAUGUAUCGAGCUUUCAGGAUCCAAGAUGGGAUAAUCUUGGUGAGUCGCAACUACGAAAGUGGAUCAGAAGUCAUGAGAAUGUUGCUCGGAAGUGGUAUGGAAGCAGAGUCACAGCAUUUUACCUUCAAUGAGCGCUGCUCACGCAAGCACUCUCCAACAAUGCCUUGAACAUAAACAAGGUUCAUGGUUACCUACCCACUACAUAUCUUCAUCCCAAUCUUAUGACACCAUGCAAGAUAUGACCCUAGAUGUGGCAAGCCGGAGGCCUUGCAAUCUCCCCUUAAUCAAGCCGAGGGUGCGUAACGAUCCGAUCUGGUUGCACAUAUUCGAG